AUGACCGAGAAACUUAUGGAAUUUGCCUCUGUAAUUCCAGCGAUAAUUGAUUCUAUACGCUAUGCAUCUGCUAUAGCAGCACAUGACAUUUCCUUCUACCGUACCAUGGAUAAAGAGAUCGAUACAAUUGGCACAGAGACCUCUGAAAUGCUACUUGAAAUGCUACGAAAUUUGACUACCUCGAAAGAUUUAUCGGAUACUUCAAACUUAAUGAUCAACUCGCAGGCUUUUUGGGAUAAUUUUGAAUCAAAACUCGAUACGAUUUAUGAAAAAGUGGAUGUUGCUAUGGAAAAGUACGAUAGAACUCAUAAGAAAAAUACCAAGAUUGCUUCUAUAUCCAUGGAGCCUCUCGCAAAACCUCAAGAGAACUUCGCUGAAGAUAUAGAUAACUCAGAUGUUAAGCCUUUUAAACCAAAGUUGAAGUCAAAACCUUUCUGCCUUCGACUGUUAAAGGAUCUGUUGGUGACAGAUACUGAGGGCCGUUUUGAACAUCCAUAUCAACAUGAAAUCAUGACACAACCAUAUCCAGAUUGGAUACUUGAUAAAUGUUUGCCUGAAGAGCCUCAGGAGUGGGAUAGCCAGCCAGCAAUUUUUGUUUCAACAGUUACGCAAUUGAACGAUAUGGUCAAGAAAUUGAAGUCCUCAAAGUCUAUUGCAGUUGAUUUAGAACAUCAUGAUUUAAGAACUUUUUAUGGGCUCACCUGUCUUAUGCAAAUCUCUGAUCGUGAGCAAGAUUGGUUGAUUGAUGUAUUGGCCCUUAGAUCAGAUAUGGUUAUGUUGAAUGAGAUCUUCGCUAAUCCUAAUAUUGUGAAAGUGUUUCAUGGCGCAUUCAUGGACAUCAUUUGGCUUCAGAGAGAUCUUGGUCUUUACGUCGUAUCGCUAUUUGAUACUUAUCAUGCCGCGAAGGUGUUAGGUUAUCCUAAACGUUCUUUGGCAUUUUUAUUAGAAAAAUUCGCUGGAUUCAAGGCAUCAAAGAAAUACCAAUUAGCAGACUGGAGAUUACGGCCACUCCCUGAUGCAAUGUCUCAUUAUGCUCGAGCUGAUACUCACUUUCUUCUCAAUAUUUUUGAUCAUCUUCGAAAUUCAUUGAUAGAUGAGAAGGAAGACAAACUUCAGCAAGUUUUGUUCGCAUCAAGAAAGGUGGCGUUACGCAAAUUCGAGUUCAUCAAAUUCAGUGAAGAGCUGGGCAAGGUUGACGAAAGUAGCACCAUCAUGAGUAAUUAUAACGUCCCAAUCCAUCUCGAAAACCGUUUGCGCCUUCUCGUUGGCUGGCGGGAUAAGACCGCUAGGUUAAUGGACGAAUCCACAAGGUACAUCAUGCCAAAUAGCACUUUGGUGCAGCUUGCUGCAAGCGAUGUACCAACCGACCAUUCGUCAAUAGCUGCAAUCCGUGCAGUCAACGUGUCAGGCUUUCAAUUGGAAUCUUUGGUGAACUUCAUGAAUGAAAACUUUGAAAAUAGUUCUACUGAGUCCACGAACAUUAACUUCAAGAUUUCACAACAGACCAAAGAUUUAAGCGCAGACUCUCUCGAUGUCGUAUUGCAAAACCAGAGACAGCUUUUGCCUCAAGUCGCAACACGAGUAUGUGGAACCUCGUCUCUAUUCACAGAGGGCCUUCUUGGCUUCGAGAUUUUACAUCCACGAUUGAAAAAAAAGGACACCAGGUUGCUUCAACUGCUACCACUCCUUUGGUCUUCAUUUACUUCCGCAACCAACAAUCUACCUGCAAUGUCUGACAGGGAGCAACAGGGAGAUCGAGAACUUUUACCUGAGAAAGAAGCGUUGCAGAGAGAGAAAACUGUUCCGGAAGCUCAAAAUAUACGAGGCUCAAAAGUGGGCACGCAAGAAUAUUCAAACAAAAAGCGUGAAGGAGCGAGCUCUACCAACAUCUUGAACUAUGAGGAAGCGUUACAAGCACAAAACACAGAAGAAACCAAGAAAAGAAAAAGAAGUGUUCAGCAAUUUGAUCCCCAUACUCACAAUGGUAAAAAGGCGCAAUAUGGCGCCCCAAGGAAGAAACGCCAGUUUCAGGGAAAAUCUGCUGCUUUCACCAAAUGA